AUAGUAAUAAUAAUAAUAAUAUAUUAAUAAAAAUUUAUUAAUUUAAAUUAAAUCAUUUUUAAAAACUUAAUUUUAUUUUUUAAUAUAAAAAAAAAAAAAAAAAAAGUUUUUUGGUGGCAUAUUAAAACUAUUCCACCCUCAUAAUAAUAAUAAAAUAAUAAAUAUAUAUUAGUAAUAUUGGUUUAAAGAAACAAUAAAAUAGUAAUAGUACAUAUAGAUAGCAAAAAUAAAUAUGGAUUUUUUAAAAAAUAAAUAUAACGAAUUAACUAAUAAUAGCACAAGUAGUAAUGUUACUGCUGACAAAUAUAAAGAUAUAAAAGAACCAUUUCUUUUACAUAAAUUAGCAUGUGAAGGAAAGUAUGAUGAGAUCAAACAAUCUAUAGAAACAAUACCAUAUUAUAAAGAGUUUAUAGAUAUAAGAGAUACCCAUGGUUAUCCUGCAUCACAUUAUGCAGCACAUUUGGGAUAUGGUAAUAUAGUAGAACUAUUAUUAAAAAGUGGUGCAGAUCCAGAUAGAAAAAGUGCUGCAGGUUGGUCAUUACUUCAAGAAGCUAUUGGUAGAAAAGAUAGAGAAAUUGUCACAAUGGUAUUAUUAGAGUUAAAAUUAAAGAUAGAAAGAGAGUUUAAUAAAAGAGUACCAACAUUGGUUCAAGCUUUAGAAAAUAUUCCAGAUUUUGAAAUGGAGUUAAAAUGGGAAGUUAAAAGUUGGGUACCAUUAGUUACAAGAUUUUGCCCAUAUGAUACAUAUAAAAUUUAUAAGCAAGGUGCAUCAUUAAGAGCAGAUACAACAAUUAUUGGAAUGGAUGGUAUUAAAUUUAUUAGAGGAGAUUUAACAUUUUUAUAUAAAAAUUUAAGAUUAUUUUCAUUAGAUAAUAUUAAAAAACAAUAUUCAGAAAUGGAAUUGGUUGCAUCAAAAAACCCAGUAGUUCACGAAGAGGAGGUUGAUAUUUGUUUAGAUCAACACAUUAGAAGGGUAAAGUUAAUGACAGAUGCAAUUCAAUUUCAACCAGCUAAAACAUGGUUAGGAUACGAAAAAACUGAAGCAAUCGGUGAUAAAGGCGAUUGGAGUGCAAAGAUUUUUGAUGUUUCAAAUGUAGAUUUAAAGACAUGCACAAGAAAAUCAAAGAGGCAACCAAACCAUCCAUCAUUAAAUGAUAUGCAAAAUACCACAACAGGCAGCAAAAAAGAUAAAAAGAAACAAAUCAAGGGUGAUGAAAUUGAUGAGGAUGAAGAGGAGGAUCAAGUCAUAACCACCAACAAAGAUCAUUUGGAUGAAAGUGGUAAAGAUCACAAUGUAAAUUCACCAGUCGCACAAACAAAGAAAUAUCUCGAUUCAUUAAAACAUAGAACCUACACAAUUAGAGAAAGCACAGUUAAAUCAAAGAUAUUCUCUGAUCCACACUAUUUCGAUGCACCAAAAGAUUUUGACCCAUAUACAUUCGAACAAAAUUUUGACAAAACCAAAGUUAAAUCUCAAGGUCUCCUUUGUGAAGGUGAAACUAUCAGCGAAAGACAUCGUUACUUUAAAGGUACAAUUUGGAUCUCUGAGGAUUUCCCAAGAAAGGUUGCAGAUCUCUUGCCAAUUUUUGAAGUUUUAGCUCCAACCAAUAAAUUAUUUAGUAGAUUAAGCGAAUUUAUUCAACUUAAAUUACCAUCUCAAGGUUUUCCAGUUAAAUUAGAUAUACCAUUAGUUCCAACUAUCUCUGCAACUGUAAUUUUUACAAAAUAUCAAGAAAAAGAAGUUGAUAAAAAUCUUUUUUGUGUACCAACUGAUUAUGUCGAGCAUAAAAAACAACCAAAAAAUUAAAAUAAUCAAUAUUAUAUAUAUACAAACAGAUAAUAUUUUUAUAAUUUUAUUUAAUAAAGCUUUAAAUACAUAAAUAUAUCUAUUUAAAACAAAAAGUAUUUAUUU